UCAAAAGUUGGUUAGUCUCGCGCCGGCGCUAACCGCGGCCGAGUGAUUCAGCUCACUGCUGCCGGGUGUUAAGAGCCUUAUUAUUCGAUAUUUGGACAUGUACCGUUUCGCCACUGGGCUUGCUUCCUGUGAAUCACAAGUCGAACUCAAUAGCCGGUCGGUUUCAGUUUCGUUUCACACAUGGAGGCACGACGGCGACUCCGUAACGGUUAAUUAGCCACAAAUGUUUGUUUUAAAAUCCGCGAUCGUUUUUAUAAAGUGAACAACUGCUAUUAGCUCUUCACAGGAAUUUUAAGUGGAGUUUCAUUUAUAAUAUGGAUCAAACUUUGCUUAUGUUGGCGAUAAUUUUGUUUUUUAAUUGGGCAGAAGCCUUAAAGUGCUACUACUGCGAGCCCUUAGCUUCCAACUACCAAGACAUACGGUACACCAAGCCGUGCGAGAAAUUCGACAUGAGCGACAUGUACGUGGUGGAUUGCGACUCCUCGACCAUGUGCUUCAAGACACAGGUCGAUUUCGAUUUUGGGACUGGAGUAACAACGACCUACCAACGAGGCUGCGCUGCUCAAACUUUGAACGGAGACCAAAGGAACAUAGGCGGCAAAUGGACCCACGUGACCAAGAUAUACGAAGUGUACGAAGAAGGCUGCAAAGUUGAGAAGGACAGCGAGCGACUGACCACAGGCACACAUUGCUACUGUCGCGGGGACUAUUGCAAUGGCGCAUUUAAAAUAAACAGUCAUACAAUUAUAGUGAUAGUUAGCUUAAUUUUAUUAAUCGUAUAACAUAGUGUGCGAAUAUUUGAAAACCUAAAUCAAUAAUCGCUUUUUAAUAAUGGAGCAAAAUUAUUUAUAUGCUGUAUUCAGCAGUGUCAAAGCUGGAGUAGCUUAGGAUGAGAAUGCAAAAAAAUUUCGCUGCGUUGAACGAGAGACAGAAAAUGAAAGGCAAAUAUGGACCUAUGCACUGUAAGCUUUGGAAUGGUCAAUACUAUAAGUAAUCCAUUAGGUAAACAAUAAGCAACCUUGAACGAUUCUUAACUUUAAUUAAUAGUCAUGAGAAGAAUUUUAUCAAAUUCAUUAUUCAACAAAAAGACCUAUCAACAUUGUUUGCCUUUAUUUCGGUACCUAAGAAAUACACGAUUUUUUUUUGUUAUUUUUAUUUACACACUCUGUCACCGUGUGUGUGUAUGUCAGUAGAUUUCAUUUCCAACACGUCUCUCUCAUGUCUCUCUCAUCUCUGCAUGUUCCCGGGUGAACCCUCCACAGAAGUGUUUUGGGGCCCCGGGGUCCUCUGACCCGUUAUCGUCCACUCUUAAUAAACUGGUGUAAAUAUAUGUUAAAUCUACGGAAACAAAAGUGGAACAUAAAUGUGUAUAAGUAAUGCUAUUUUAAACUUUACAAAUAUGAGGUAAUGAGCUAAGGAUUUCAACGAAGGCCGUGCUUAAUGCGCGCUUUACAGAGGAUUCAUUAUGUAUGAUAUAUUAAUUCUGUACUUACGCAACAUUCAAUUUAAAUGCAAGACUGGGUGUUACAAGUAUUUAGAGUAUUUAGUACGUGAUAGAUUUUUAAUUAUACAAGUUAAUAUGCUUAAUACAUUGUUAAGCUUCCGGAUCUAGUUAGUUUAGAAAGAAUUUUUUGUAUUUUUUAUUCAUAUAUAUUGGAAGAUAUGCAUUUGCAAGACAUCAUCAAUUCAAUACCAACAAUGAAAUGUAUGUAUGAGUAUACUGUAUCGAAUUAUUGUAAGGUUUAGGAGAAGUAAUUUUAUUUUUAUGUUAUCCCUUUUAAUAUUAACAGUAAGUAUUUUAAUUCAAUAUUAACAUCAUAAGACAAGUUUUUAAUUCAAUUUGGAGACAGCUCUACCAAUUAGGUACUAUUAUUUAUAAUCUAUAUGUUCUAAACGACAAAGACAAGGAAAAAGAUACAGCACUAGUCAAGCUUUACUUUGUUCCAAAGAGUAUUUAUUAUAAUGUUAUAUGAUUUAAUGACUUUAGAAGGGAUUCUACAGAACAUGAGAACUUAACAUAAAUAAUCUACAACUAUAUAAGGGAGCUUUCAUACGGUGCUUUAGUUUUACGCAUUGUUGCUAGUCAUAGUUUUAUAAUGUGUAAAUUUUGAUACGAUGUAAUUUUUUUUCUAUUAAUUCAUUAUUUAAAGAUAAGGUUUAUAUUAUACUAAAGCUUUAUACUGUAUUUAAAGAUAAGGUCAAACCAUAUUAUAUUUGGCGCGCAUAAACCUACUUAUAAGUUAAUCUUUUCUAGGUUACGCGCACAGUAUUGUUCAAAAUGCAUAGCAAAUAAGUAAUCAUUUUAAUUUGUAACAUUAAUUUCAUGAUAAUAAAUCAUUCCUGAUAC